AUGCCAUCAAUAAAUUCUCAACUUCAAAUGACAAAUUCAAGUUUUAUUAAAUCUGAAAUUGAACGUUUUGAAGGUGUACAUCCAUCGAUUUAUUCAAUAUAUGAAUUAAUCGAUGAAAUUAAAGAUCAAUUAAGUACUCAAGCACAUAUUCGUGAACAUGUUAUGAUUAUUGAAGACUCAUUUGUGAACAGUCAAGAAUGGACAUUAAGUCGAAAUGUUUUAGAUAUUCGAAUUGGUUUAUUAGGUACUGUAGCAAGUGGAAAAUCUGCUUUAGUUCAUCGAUUUUUAACUGGUGUUUAUAUGCAAGAAGAAUCAGCUGAAGGUGGAAGAUUUAAAAAAGAAAUUAUUAUUGAUAAUCAAAGUUAUUUAUUACUUAUACGUGAUGAAGCUAAUGCACCAGAUACACAAUUUACACAUUGGGUUGAUGCUGUUAUAUUUGUAUUUAGUUUAGAAAACGAAGAAAGUUUUAAAACAAUUUAUCAAUAUUAUACAAAAAUGAAUCAUUAUAGAAAUAUAAGUGAUAUGCCAUUAAUUCUUAUAGGAACACAAGAUGCAAUUAGUGAAAGUAAUCCACGUGUUAUACAUGAAGAUCGAGCGAGAAAAUUAGCAAAUGAACUUAAACAUUGUACAUAUUAUGAAACAUGUGCUACAUAUGGUCUUAAUGUUGAACGAGUAUUUCAUGAUGUUUGUCAAAAAGUUGUUCAACAACGAUAUGGUUUUUCGACUUCAACAUUAUCAUCAAAUCGCUCAAUAACAUCUCAACAACAAUCAUCAAUAUCAAAUCAAGUACGAGUUUUAACAAAUUCUCAAAGUAUUUCACAAUCUUCUCUUAUAACUGGUAAUACAAAUUUACCUAAAACAACACCACCAUCAAUAUUUUCAUCCUAUCAUUAUGAUCAGCAACCACCUAUCCUUUCAUCUUCAAUACAAAAUACAGCUAUUGCACAACUUGCUCAAUGUAUUAAUACUCAAACAUUAAAUGGUGUACUAAAAGAUCGAAAUAAUCAACAACAACAACAACAACAACAACAACCACAAAUUGAUAAACGCACUCGAUCAUUUAAAGAACAAUUCGGAACAAAAUUAUCAACACUUACUGAAACACAAUCGUUACCUGUAUAUGAAGGACAAUCAAAAAGUGACACAAAUGACCAAUUAACACCAACACAAAAAAGAAAAGAAACAAAAAGAAAAUCAAAUUUAUUCACACCUGGAAAAAAAGAUGAAGAUAAAAAUAAAUCAGAACGAAUAGGACAUGGUCGAGCAAUACCAAUUAAACAGGGUUUUUUAUAUAAAAAAGGAACGAAUAGUAUUAAUCGAGAUUGGAAAAAGAAAUAUGUUGUUUUAUUAGAUGAUGGUCGAAUAAUUUAUCAUCCAUCAUUACAUGAUUAUGAAAAUGAUUCUCAUGGAAAAGAAAUUAUUCUUCAACGUACAUCAAUUAAAAUUCCAGGUUCAAAUAAACCUCGUAUUGCUUUACGUAGUUCAAGUAAUGAUAACAAAUUACAUGAUAUGACAUCAACAGAUUUAUUAUCACAUGCAUCAGGAAAAAUUGAAACACCAAAUGCAAAAAAACGUCAUCGUCGUAAUCAACAAUCAAAUGUAAAUAAUUCAACUAAUUUUACAACAUCAAAAUCCAUAUCAAAUACAAAUGGUGGUGAUGAUGAUGGUGAUGAAAAUAUUUUUAUUAUUGUAUCAUUGGAUAAACAAUGGUUUUUUGAAGCACAAUCAAAUGAAGAACGUGAUGAAUGGGUACAAUCUAUUGAACAACAAAUUUUAUUUAGUUUACAAAAUAUUGAAUCUUCAAAAGCAGCACGAGCAGCUAAAAUAGGUGGACCAACGAUAGCUGAUUCAGCAUCUGUACAAGCUAUUAAACAAAUACCAGGAAAUAAUUUUUGUGCAGAUUGUGAUCAAAUAAAUCCAACAUGGGCUUCAUUAAAUCUUGGUUCUUUAAUUUGUAUGGAUUGUGCAUCAUUACAUAGAAAUCUUGGUACACAUUUAUCACGUGUUCGAUCACUUGAAUUAGAUGAAUGGCCAUCGGAACUUGUACAAGUAAUGCGUUCAAUUGGAAAUAAACUAGUCAAUUCAAUAUGGGAAAUAAAUAUUAAAAAUCGAAUUAAACCUCAACCAAAUGCUUCUUCAUCUGAACGUGAACGAUGGAUUCGAGAUAAAUAUGAGCAAAAAUUAUUUAUUGCACCAUUAACAAUUUUACCUAAUCAAGCACGACAAUCACUUAUUGAUGCUAUAACUAAAGAAGAUUUAUAUACAGUUAUACUUAUAUUAGCUCAUAGAAAAAUAUCAACGGAUGAUAUAAAUUCUUCAUUAUUACAUUUAGCUGCUUUACAAGGCAAUGUUACCAUUUUACAACUUCUUCUUUGGUAUGGUGCUGAUCCAUUUAUAAUGGACAAUCAUGGUCGUACACCUCUUCAAUGUGCUCAUGGAGAUUGUCUUCAAGUUCUUCAAACAUUAACUAAUAAUCAUACAAAUUCUCAUCAACAACAAUUAAAACAAACAACAAUCUCACCUCAACAUAGUACAUUACCUCGUCAACGACCACCUGCAUCAUCUCCUGCUCCACCUUAUGAUAAACUUCCAUCAUCUGUUAUUUAA